AUGGAGGAAGAAGAUGGAGGGGCUACUUCACUUCACUUCACGGAGGAAGAAGAUGGAGGCAGCGGCGCCGCCCUGUGGCUCGCGGUGGUCCUCUUCUUAUUCUCCUUCUUCCCCUUGGCGCUGCGUCUUCGCUCGCCGGCGUGGCCUCCUGAGGAAACCGUCCUCGCCGCCAUCUGA